GAUCUCUACGUCAUAUCUGAGUCUGCCUAUGGCCUGCGAGGGGACGUGAAGCCGCUGCACUUCACGAGGCAAAGGCAGCGCUUCAAGGACUUCCUGCCGCAGGUGGAGCAUAUCUUGCUGGACAAUUGCUCCAAGUACUCCCGAGAGAUCGAGAAGCUGCGCCAAGAGAAGUCCACCAAGAGGAAGAAGGGUGGCACCAUGUUCUCCGCGGAGGGCAUACAGCGACUUUGUGUGCUGAAGACUCUCAUCCAGAGGCGGCCGACGGUGCCGGAUGACGCUCUGGUGAUCUUCUCUGACUUGGAUGAGGUGCCUUCCGCGAAGGCCAUCCAGAUGCUGCGGGUGUGCCAGCCUCGCGCUGCGGCCAAGGAGGGGCCUUGGAUUCAGAUGCACUAUCCCAUGCCCUACAACCUGCGGGUCGGGUGCAAGCGCAAGACGAAGUCGCAGAUGCAUUUUCAGGGCGUCUUCGCCACCAUGGGCUUCCUGCGGCGGAAGAAGUCGCUGGCCCUGAGGUACAACAUCAGAAAGAACCUCAUUGUGCCCAACGCCGGCAUUCAUCUUACCUAUGUAGGCUCCAGGGCGGAUGUGGACUACAAGCUGUUGCACCACGGUGCCGCCAGAUCUUGGCGACCAAAGCCACGGCCACCGGCAAACGCCUGA